ACAGGAUGUUAUAGGAUGUUAUUAUCAUAUUUUACAAUCUUAUUAGUAAAAGAUCCCGAUUUAAUAGGAUCGCAUGUCGAGAUACAACUUUAAAAAAAACUGAGGAAAUAGUAACAUAAAAAAUUAUUCCUUGCACCAACUCUGACGGUUGCCUACCGACAAAAUAAGUGUUUGUUACCCUCACUUCCACUGCUCAAAAAACCUCUUUCACUUUCCCAAAUUCCAUUCUUUACCAAAAACAAAAUGAAGAACAACUCCGAAUUCAGAGAAAAAUACGCUUACCCAAUUCUAGGAAUAGCUACAAUUGCUAUACUUCUCUUCCUCAAUUUCAGUAAUCAGCUCACUUUCGAAUUUCCCACUGUUUUUUGGCAAAAAAACAUGGGUUUUGUUGGGGUUAAUUCCACCAAUUUCAUCAUAAUCUACAGCCAUAAUCAAAUUGAUCAAAGGGUGUUUGUUAAUGGGUGGAAUUCUUAUUGGUUGAUGGAGGCAAGUGUGUGGGACCCUUCAAGAUCAAAGGUUUCUAGAAUGCUUAAGAAAGGUGCUCAAAUGGGGUUGAAUGUUUGCCGUACUUGGGCUUUCAGUGAUGGGCCCGGCCCGAAUUCCUUGCAGAUUUCUCCUGGGGUUUUCAAUGAAAGAGUGCUCAAGGGAUUGGAUUAUGUGAUAGUGGAAGCGAGGAAGAAUGGUGUAAGAUUGAUUCUUAGUCUAGUAAACAAUCUCAAUGCAUUUGGUGGUAAAGCACAGUAUGUGAAAUGGGCACAAGAAGCUGGAGUAGUAAAUAUCUCAUCCUCAGCUGAUUCCUUCUUUGCAGAUUCAACAAUUAAAGACUAUUAUAAAGCUUAUAUCAAGGCCAUUGUAACGAGAAAGAACUCCUUAAGUGGAGUUAGAUAUUCUGAAGAACCAGCCAUAUUUGCAUGGGAACUUAUAAAUGAGCCGCGAUGUGAUUUUGACUCUUGUUCUUCCAUUCUUCAGGCUUGGAUUACCGAGAUGGUAGCAUAUACCAAGAGUUUGGACCAAAAGCAUCUUGUUACCAUUGGUCUUGAAGGUUUCUAUGGACCCAAACCUGUUGAAAAAUCAAAAAUAAAUCCUGGAGAAUGGGCUACCUCGCUUGGAACUGAUUUCAUACAGAAUUCAGCUAUUGAUGGUAUCGACUUUGCUUCAGUUCAUGCAUACCCUGAUAGCUGGAUGCCACACGCAAAUGUUACUGCAAAACUGGAUUUCCUUUCACACUGGUUGGAUUCUCAUAUCAGUGACAGUGAGAAUAUCCUGAAGAAACCUGUUCUGUUUACUGAAGUUGGCUACCCAAUAUAUGUGAAAGGCGAAAAUGGUCAUUAUGGUGAUAACUUGAUGAGAACUGUCUAUGAUAAAAUUUUUGAGUCGGCCAAGAAGGGUCAAGCAGGAGCUGGGUCCUUGAUAUGGCAGUUGUUGGUUGAAGGAAUGGAGGAAUUCGGAGACAGAUUUUCUGUUGUAGCAUGGAAUCACCCUUCUACCUAUAAACUGAUUGUAGAACAAUCAUGCAGGCUAAAGAGUAUCAUGUGGAAAAGGAAAUCUGCUGGAGAACUUAAUGGAGAAGAUACUUGCUCCGGUCUUGUGCCUUAAUGGACUGGCAUGAAUUGAAACUUCAACUCCUCAUGUACCCGUGUAGCAUUCUAAACAUGCUGACUUGGGUAUGUACACCUGAGAUUUCACUAUGACUAAAAAUAUGGAAGUUUUUCCGUAUAAUACUGAUUCUGCUGACACUUGAACAGGUUGGAUACGUAACAGUGUCUAUCACCAAUACCCUAGUCUUGGUAAUAUGAAGCCAGAAACUAAAUAUGCAGAGUAUAAUGGCUGGUCUUAGAGGCCUUUAGUUUGAAGAUGCCAAUUUUGAUGAAUUCUAUUAAAUUAUUGGCUGCAUAAAUAUCAAGGAGAGAAUCGAAGAAGGCAGAAAAACAUGUUAUAGCCAUUUUUUUUCUUCCCUUUCCCUACUUAUGUUUAUCUCUUUGAAUUGUGUAUAGUAUAGAGUAUGGUUUUAAGCAUACCUGUAAAUGUUGGAGGCUUAGUUGUGUGACUGUGUCAGAGCUUAUAUUGUCCGCGUGUGCUUGUCUUGGGAAAGAGAAUAAAAUUUUGUAAUGUAUUGAUGGUAAAUGAACUUUCAAUCUGAAGUGAUUUACAAUGAUGGCAGUGAUUCGUGCUUCCGUUACUCAGAAAA